CCGCCACCGCGCGCGCAGGCGCGCCCCCUUCAGGCACGCGCCCGCCUUCCCUCACUCCCUCUCACACGGACGACAACAACGCCUCGGGAGCGAGCUGGGGACAAGUUUGUGCCUCUCAUAGCAGCAGCGGCGGCGGACGAAAGCAGCUUGGUAGCGGACAGCCAUUGCUCCGCCCGCCCGGUCUUCCUCCUCCUCCUGAUCCUGCUGGCGCGGGGAGCUUCACAAACCUUGAAAAUGUCUUCUGUCAAACGCCUUGUAUAUGCUGUCAUCCAUUUCUUGCGAGAACAGAGUCAGAUGGAUGCAUUCACAUCAGAUGAACAAGAAAGCUUGGAAGUGGCAAUUCAGUGUUUGGAGACAGUCUUUAAAAUUAAUUUGGAGGAUUCCCAUCUUGCAGUACCAAUACGCUUGACAGAAAUGUUUGACGAUUCUUGUCACAAGAAUGAGAUACUGCCUCUCUCAGAUUCUUUGCCAGAGGAUCUUGAGAAAGCUGACCAGCUGAAGGAUGAAGGUAAUAAUCACAUGAAGGAAGAAAAUUAUGGUGCUGCGGUGGAUUGUUAUACUCAGGCUAUAGAACUGGAUCCAAAUAAUGCAGUCUAUUAUUGCAACAGAGCUGCUGCUCAAAGUAAGUUGAGUAACCAUAAUGAAGCAAUAACGGACUGUGAAAGAGCUAUAGCAAUAGAUCCAAAAUAUAGCAAAGCAUAUGGAAGAAUGGGAUUGGCUCUGACUUCAAUGAACAAAUACCAAGAAGCAAUUAAUAGCUAUCGAAAAGCACUGGACCUUGAUCCGGAAAAUGACUCCUAUAAGUCAAAUCUGAAAAUAGCUGAACAGAAGUUAAGAGACAUGUCCAGUCCUACUGGAACUGGAUUAAGUUUUGACAUGGCAAGCUUGAUAAACAAUCCUGCCUUCAUUAGCAUGGCAGCGAGUUUAAUGCAGAACCCUCAAGUUCAGCAACUGAUGUCGGGAAUGAUGACAAAUGCUAUAGGGGGCCCUGCGGCAGGUGUUGGUGGCCUCACUGAUCUGUCAAGUCUCAUACAUGCAGGGCAGCAGUUUGCACAGCAGAUACAGCAGCAAAACCCGGAACUCAUAGAGCAGCUGCGGAACCACGUUCGAAGCAGAUCUUUCAGCGGCAGCACCGAAGAGCAUUCCUGAUUAAAAGCAGCAUGUGAUAGAACACUGUUUUACUAAUUCCAAAAGGCAUACUGUAGCUAGUAGCAAAUAUCACCAUUGUAAUUCUUCUCAGACAUGAGACUGGAAAUCCUUUGUGUGUAUUCCUUAUCGUCUGUUGAAAACAGAUUCAUUGCACACAGAUGUGAACAUAUCAUGUAUGUAUAUUGAUGCCUUUGUAAAUGGACUAUAAAUAAAACUGGUGACAGAUUAAAAUCUUUACAUAUAA